AUGAGUACAUUACCCAUCUCAACCAAAACUAAUAACCCAAAAGCUUCAACCAACCCAAACAUAACCUACCUCCACCCCCAAUACUUCCCCAACCACCACUCCGAACGCGUCAAGAUAAAAUACGGCCCCUUCCUCGUCCCCGGAAACGACAUGGCAGGCUUCCAGCUCCGCAAUGUCACAAAACCAUGCUCAGACUGCAAAAUAACAUUCUUCCAAGCUGACCUCGAAUACGAAGACGGAAGCUACGCCAACGCCAACACAGGAAUGUGGCUCCAUCACAUGGUCCUCUUGAACCCGACUCAACGCGACACUGUCUGUCCCACACAUCCCGAACGUAUAUUCGCCAGCGGGAAUGAAAGGACAGCUGCCAAUAUCUGCGUCGAUGGCACAAAAGAAGCAGGCUACCACCUGACCCCCACCUCCACACUCCUCCUCACCACCGAACUCAUGAAUGAAACGCCGCACCCGACAUUCGUCUACAUAACCGUCACCUACGAAUACAUCCCCUCCCCGCCGCCCACCUUCCGGCCCGUCAAGAUCGUCUGGCUGGACAUCGGAUCGUGUUCUGAAUCCGAGUAUCCCGUCCCGGUGGACGAGACGGCGUUUUCGAUCACUGCUGCCCCGUGGAUUGCCGAUAUUUCGGGUGACGUGCUGUUCGCGGCCGCGCAUCCGCAUGAUGGGGGCGUGGAGCUGGAGGUGCUGAGGGGGGGAGAGGGGUUUUGUACGAGUAUGGCGACGUAUGGGGGGACGGAGGGGUAUAGAGAGGGGGAUGGGAUGGAGCAUAUUAGUAGUAUGUCUGUGUGUACGGGUUUGGGGAGGAUGGACGUGGGUGCGGAGUGGGGGGUUGUGGCGAGGUAUGAUUUGAAUGAGCAUGCGCCCAUGGUGGGUUUGGAGGUGAUCCCCGAGCCGAUUAUGGGAAUUGCGUUGCUUUAUGUUGCGCAGGAUGGUGCUUGA